CGAGUAGAGGAAGCCCAGAAAAAUAUGUCUGACUUAGGAGUCACGCCAGCAGGUAGCUACCAUAGUGCAAUUUUCUAUCUUAAUCACCGCGUAGUAACGGUGAUUGAUGAUUUUAAACAAUUCUUGUAACAUAUCUGACACGUGUCGCUUUCGUUUAUCGCGAUCAGAACUGUUAGACCAGAGUUGUUCGUUUAAAUGCAUUACAGUCGGACCUUAGGUGGUAAUCUGAAUCUGAUGCUGCUUUCAGACGAGCUUUGACAAAACCUUGCAAGGCCUGCAUCAACAUUUGCAGGCCCGCUAGGAUUUAUACCCGAACAUGUUACAUUGAAAAACAGACAAACCGGUUGUUCUGCAUAAACGAACAGACCCCUGGAGUAUGAUACAUGACGCUAACAGGAUAAUCACGAGGGAAGUGACACAACUCCUGAUCAAAUAUGAACUUUCAAAAGAAUGCAUACCUGUUUAGGUUUUUUGCCACAACAUAAAGUAUAAUUACAGCUUCAUUUUAGAAAGGAGAUUUUAAGCUGAAAGAUGAGGAUGAUGAAAAAAUUUGUUUUGGUUCCUCUAGUCUUUACUAUAGCAGUAGUGUGUCCACUUCUGAUCUACUUCAAAGCAGAUAGGUCUGUUACAUCAAAUGAUAAUGAGAUGAAGCGUGAUUCAUUGCAUGGAAACACCAACAUUAUCAUAGAAUCUAACCCUGAAACUGUGAUUAACCAAGAUAGUGGUAUUUUGUCUGUGGUAGAAAUGGGGAAAAGAAUCCACUCCACAACCAAUGAUACAGUUCUGGUCACACUUAUAAAUGAUGCCUACAUGAGCUUCACCUAUAGUUGGCUGUGUAACACAAAAUACAUGGACAUUCACAAACAAGUGUUGUUCAUUACGACUGACACUGUGUCCAGAGACAAGCUUCACAAGGACUGGCCAGAAGUGAGUGCUGUGACUCUGUCGGGCCUCUCUCUGAGUGGAGACCAGGUAUACAGCCACGCAGGCUAUGUAAGACUGAUGGUCAGAAGGACUGAGGCUCUUUUAGCCAUGCUGAAUGCCAACCUCGAGAUUUUCCUAUUUGAAGUAGAUUGCCUUUGGAUUCGCAAUCCAUUGCCAGUGUUGAAAAAGACAGCCAAACAAUAUGAUAUUCUAGUGACUCCAGUAUCCGAAAGACCAGGUAUUAUAGCAGGUGGGUUUCUGUUCAUGCGUCCAACAACUGCAAUGAAGGUGACUUGGCGAGCACUUGUUGAUAAACUCUAUAAUCUUGAUACCCGUUUGAAAAAACUGCCACCCAACCAAGUAAUUUCAGAAGGUGACAAUGAUCAACAGUUCCUGUCUGCUUUGAUCAUGUCAAGAUACAAAGGGAUACAGUACAAAAUGUUGACUCUGCAAGUCUAUCCUGACGGGAAAUGGUAUUCUUAUCCGGAAUCUAAACAGAAACAGCUGGACCCAGACAUUAUCAACAAUAACUGGGCUCUCGGAAACAAGGUGAAAAUUGACCGUGCCAAAAAGUGGCACCAUUGGUUUAUCAAGGAGGACAAUGUUACUUGCGACAUGGAUGAAGUCAGAAAAAUUGUGAAAAAUUAGAUGGUGUUCUGAAAUUGGUAAUGAUACAGGUGAUUUGAGACAAUGGGUCAGACUCGUGGCUUUGAAAGAAUGCAGCAAAACACUAGAUAGCUUUCAGGUUUUUUUUGCGAUUUUGUGAUUUUUUUAUUUUCAAACAAAUUGUUGUUUAAAUACAAAUAUCUACUAUAAAAAUCAAAAGUAAUACAUAUAUGACUUGUAAUUCAUAUUAUUUUUAUUUGGAACCUCAGACAUAACUAUAAGGAUUCAAUCAAAAUUUGAAGAAAAAAAUUCAUAAUCUGUUGUAUUUAAAAAAUAUUUUAUAUGAAUAUUAUUUGAAUUUAUUGUUCAUACAGUUUUGGGUGAUAUUUCCAAAGUAGAUCAAAGUAACAUACAUGGGAUCAUUAUAGGCCAACUUUUGUAAAAAAAUUCCUGAAGAAAAAGCGUCCACAAGUCAUAACAUUUCGGUCGGACCUGGAAAAUUUACUGGUUUUCUUUCAAGGUUUCCCAUACUCUGAACUUUUUUGUUUUGUUUUUAAGAAAGUUCUUAGACAAUACAUUUAAAACAUUUGUAAGAUCAAACAAAGUACUAAAAUUUUGAAUUACAACCCUAUACAGUUAGGAAGGAUUGGUUUCAUGUAUUUGUGAUCUAGUUGUAUUAAAAACUUACGUUUCUGAAGGUGAAGCUCCAGAUAUUACAUUAACGGGAUUUUUCCCCCCCCAAAAUCACCAAAAGGUUACCUGGUCAUUCCCCGCAAACUGAUUGAUCCCUGUAUGAUUUGUACUUAUUGUGAUUAACAGUGAAGAGGCUUAAAAUCAAUAAUUUCUAUUACAGAUCUUCUUGAUAUUAACUUGUAAUAGCUAUAUAUAUAUAUAUAUA